AUGAAGAGACAGAGAAUCCUAUCUCUUCUCAUCUAUUUAUUUCAUAUAGGUGCUACAGUUUGGGGUUUUACAGAGCAGAAAACAAUAGUGGGGCAGUUUUCCAAGGAUUGCAUCCUUCCUUGCUCUUUCCCACCUGGACGUGAUGAAGUAAUUCAUUGGGAGACAGGGAAGAAAUAUGUGCACAGCUACUACAAUCAGAGUGAUCAUCUGGAACAGCAAGACCUGGAUUACAAAAACAGAACACAUCUUUUCCACCAGAACAUUCAUAAUGGAAAUGCCUCCUUGAAACUUAGUAACCUAACUGUGACUGAUGAGGGCCUUUAUAAAUGCUACGUGGGAACACUGGAAGCUAAAAGACAAGUGGAAGUCAUGCUGCGUGUAAGAGUUUCCUCUUUUUAUGCACUGGAAUACCAAAAGCUAGACACAGGAAGAAUGCUGAUGUGCCGUGCCUUCCUCACGUACCCCGAACCGCAUAUAUCUUGGCUGCGAGGCAAUACAUCCAUCCAAGAAACACAGCAGGAGAAAAGCAGCAAUGGAGUCCUCUAUUCUCUUAGAAGUGACCAGAAUAUUACAAACACAGCUGAUCCAUACUAUUGUCAUAUCCAUCUCCCCUAUGAAAACUGGACUGCUGAGUGGAGGAUGAAAGACCAGCUGUCUGUCGUAGAAGGAAGCAGCACUGCAAUUCCUUGUGACUACAGCAACACCACAGCAGACACUGAAGGUUUCAGUGUUGUCUGGAAAUUACACAGAGGUGCAGAGAUUUUAGACCUGGCUGCCUUCAAUGGGACACCUCACUCAUUCCAGACUCGAGCGCAGGUGAACCAAAGCAACUUUUCACUGAUGCUGCGUGAUCUUACUGCCCAGGACAGUGGAGAAUAUGUGUGCAAUAUUUCAACAACUCAAUACACAAAGCUCACUGUGAGAACUUUACAAGUUGGGUACUCAAACAACAGGAUGGAUAUUGAGAUAAGAGUGGUCAUCCCGAUUGCCUUGCUGCUGCUCUGCGCUGCUGGUGGUCUAGUCUGGUACAAGAAAAGUAGAAGAAACCUCCUUGAAAACUCUACUGAAAUGACUGAAGUGUCUCAACCACUUUCCUCAUCAAGUUAUAACAACAUGGAAAUGUGUGACGUGUGA